CAGUAGAGAAGCACUCAUCCUGACGUCACAAACAUGGCGACGCGCUGAGCUGAGACACUUCCGCCUGUGGAAGUUUCUAUUCUACCUGUUAACUGUAGAAGUCUCCCUGCUAAAAGCAUGGAAUCCGACAGACCGGCAAAGCUGGAGUUUGCGGUGCAGAUGAAGUGUGAGGGCUGUGCCGACCAAGUCAGAGCUGCUCUGGAGCAAAAAGACGGUGUGCAGUCCGUCAGCGUGGACGUGAGUGAAGGACGCGUCCUGGUGGAGUCUUCUCUGACCAGUGGGGAGGUGCAGGCCCUUAUCGAAAGCACAGACCGCAGGGCCGUGCUUAAAGGCAUCGGGGGUUUAGAGGAGCAAGAUCAGGGUGCAGCGGUCGCCAUGCUGGCCGGCAAGGGGCGGGUCCAAGGAGUGGUGCGUUUCUUGCAGUUGUCUGCCGGACGAUGCUUGAUUGACGGGACUAUUGAUGGCUUGGAGCCCGGAGCCCACGGCCUCCAUGUGCACGCGCUCGGAGACCUCACUGACGACUGCCUCAGCUGUGGCGAACACUUCAACCCAUUAGGAAGACAUCAUGGUGGUCCACAAGAUGCUGAGCGGCAUGUCGGCGAUCUGGGAAAUAUAGUUGCUGGACCUGAUGGCAGAGCAUCGUUCAGACUUGAAGACAAUCAGCUGAAGGUCUGGGACGUGAUUGGACGGUCUCUGGUGUUGGACGCUGGACCAGACGACCUGGGCCGAGGGGGUCAUCCGCUCUCCAAGCUAACAGGAAACUCUGGUUUCAGGUUGGCGUGUGGGAUCAUUGCCAGGUCGGCAGGCCUCUUCCAAAACCCCAAACAGAUCUGCGCUUGCGACGGGCUCACACUGUGGGAGGAGCGAGAACGGCCUAUGGCUGGGAAAGGAAGGAGCAAAGCCGGCAGCGAGACACUGGUUGCGAACCUCUGAGAGGUCAUGUGACAAAGAACCAACGCCUGAUGAAAAAGACAUUUGAAAUGAAGAAUACUCACAAACGUGAUUAAAAAUAUAUGAGCAAUUAUUAACUUUACAUUAACAUUAAAUAAUGAAUGUAUUUUCCUUCCAUACUCAAAAUAAAAGGUUGUAAAAAGAAAGCAAAAUGUUUAAAUAAAUGUUUAACUCAUG